AUGAUUUUAGAAGCUAGGGAUAAGCCAAUUUUAGCAAUGUUGGAGUGGAUUAGAGUUAGGCUCAUGACCAAACAAUACAAAAAGAUGAGAGGUAUAGCAAAAUACACUGGAAAAGUUUGUCCUAAUAUUCAAGACAAAUUAGAGAAGUUAAAACAUGAAUCUAUACCUUUCAGUGCUACUCCAGCAAGCAGCUUCAUGUAUGAGGUUGAUAAUGGUCGUGAGAGACAUGUGGUUGACUUGGCUAAGAAAGCAUGCAGCUGUAGGAUUUGGGAUUUGACAGGACUUCCCUGCAAACAUGGGAUCUCUGCUAUUGUUAAGAACCUGGAGAAAGUGGAGGACUAUGUGCAUCCUUGUUACUUAAAAGAGACAUUUGCUGAAACAUACAAAGAGAUAAUACAGCCAAUGCCUGGCCAGUCUAAGUGGGUUAAGACUAACCAACCUGCUCCUGUUGCUCCUCAUGUGUAUAAACCACCUGGCAGACCACCAAAGCAAAGAAAAAGAGAUCCUGAAGAGCCAAGGAACCUUUAUAGAGUUUCUAGGAUGAACAAGACAAUCAAGUGUGGGAAGUGCAAGAAAGAAGGACAUAAUGCAAGAGGGUGCAAGGCAGGCAUCACUGGUGAAACUCCAUGGCAGAGAAGAGAUAGACUUGCUAAAUCAGCAGCUGCACAAGGCAGUAAAUCUACAAAAACAAAGCAGACUGCAACACCUCAAACUGCAUCUCAGCCACCAAGUGCUAGAUCUCAGAGUGCAUACAGAGCUUUUGGUCAAACUGCAUCUUAACCUGUACCAAACAAUAGAUCUGAGGCUGCAACUCAACCUGCAACUAGAUCUAAGGCUAACUGGUUCUCUUCAUCCUCACAACCAAGCUUCCAUACCCCUAGAGAGACAUGAGAUUCUUUACCAUCUCAGGCACCUCUGACUUGUUCUAUUUUGUUUAUUUUUUUCCUCUUACUUGCUAUUGUUGGAUCAUCUUGCUAACUGUUGGAUUUUGGUUAUGCAGCCAAGUGCAUCUGCUAGGGGGUUUAAAGGCAGAAAGUUUCAACCAGUUGGUGGAAAGGGCAAGAAUGCAGCUGGCAAGGGCAAGAAUGCAGCUGGCAAGGGCACCUAAAGUAGUAAAUGACAACUUGGAAGAUGUUAAAGUUUCAACAACUUUUUUGUUAUAGUUCACUUGUUUAAUGUAUAUGUCAAGUGUCAAAAACAAUA